CCAAGAGGUUGUUGCUAGCAACCAGACGCCUACCUGACUGUCAAGUUGUUGUUUUCACGCUCUGCAGUCAUUGAUCCGGGGGUCUGUGCAGGUUGAUAGCUGCCAGAGACAUCGGAAGAACUGAGGCAUGGCGAUCCGAAAGGCAGUCAAAGGAACUGCUGCCGUAGCAAGUGGAGGCUUGGUAGCCUUUUAUGGCCUUACACAGCUGACCGAAUACAGGAAAAGACAGGCCCGACUCUCGCGCGUGGAGGCGGUUGAACAGGUGAACAUGGCCUUCCAAGACGAGCUCCCGUCCAGGCAAGCCCAGCUAACGGCCUUACGAGCCACCCAGGAGUUUGAUGUUCUCGUUGUAGGGGGAGGAGCCACGGGCUCAGGUUGUGCCUUGGAUGCUGUGACACGGGAUCUUAAAACUGCCCUGGUGGAGCGAGACGAUUUCUCAUCUGGGACCAGCAGCCGGAGCACCAAGCUCAUUCACGGAGGAGUCCGAUAUCUACAGAAAGCCAUUGUGAAAUUAGAUUACGAACAGUAUAUGAUGGUGAAGGAAGCACUGCAUGAGCGUUCCAACCUCCUGAAUAUCGCCCCUCAUCUGACUGCACUUUUACCCAUCAUGCUCCCCAUAUACAAGUGGUGGCAGCUUCCCUACUACUGGGCAGGGAUCAAGAUAUACGACCUGGUGGCUGGAGCCCAGUGCUUGAAGAGCAGCUACAUCCUCACCAAGACCAAGGCUCUGGAGCUCUUUCCUAUGUUGAAGAGAGACAAACUGGUCGGAGCCAUUGUCUACUAUGAUGGACAACACAACGACGCUCGAAUGAACCUCGCCAUCGCCCUCACUGCUGCCAGGUAUGGGGCUGCCAUAGCCAAUUACACUGAAGUGGUGCACCUACUGAAGAGGGUAGAUCCUCAGAUGGGCAAAGAGAGGGUCUGUGGAGCGCGCUGCAGGGACGUGAUCACAGGGCAGGAAUUUGAUGUCAGAGCCAAAUGUGUUAUCAAUGCCACGGGACCUUUUACCGAUGCACUGCGGAAAAUGGAUGAUCAGAAGAACCCCAACAUCUGUCAGCCCAGUGCUGGGGUGCACAUCGUCAUCCCGGGCUAUUACAGUCCAGACAACAUGGGGCUCCUGGACCCAGCCACCAGCGACGGACGCGUCAUCUUCUUCCUGCCCUGGGAGAAGAUGACCAUCGCCGGGACCACGGACACGCCCACGGAGAUCACACCGCACCCCAUCCCCAUGGAGGAGGACAUCAACUUCAUCCUCACGGAGGUCCGCAACUACCUCAGCCCCGAUGUCGAAGUGAGGAGAGGAGAUGUCUUGGCAGCCUGGAGUGGUAUUCGUCCGCUGGUCACAAACCCCAACUCCAAGGACACUCAGUCAAUCUGCAGGAAUCAUAUUGUCCACAUCAGUGACAGCGGACUGGUCACCAUCGCUGGUGGGAAAUGGACAACAUAUCGCUCCAUGGCGGAGGAUACCCUGGAUGCUGCAGUCAAGGCCCAUAACCUUUCUGCUGGCCCCAGUAAGACAGUGGGCCUGAUGCUAGAGGGAGCUAAAGACUGGACUCCUACCAUGUACAUCCGCCUGGUACAGGACUAUGGCCUGGAGGUGGAGGUGGCCCAACAUCUGGCCUCUUCCUAUGGAGGGAGGGCUUACGAGGUCGCCAAAAUGGCCCAUGUCACCGGAAAACGAUGGCCCAUUGUCGGCAAACGCCUCGUAUCUGAAUUCCCCUACAUUGAGAGUGAGGUCCAGUAUGCCAUUAAAGAGUAUGCGUGCACGGCCAUUGAUGUGAUCGCCAGGCGCACGCGGCUGGGCUUCCUGAACGUGCAGGCGGCCGAGGAGGCCCUUCCACGCAUCGUAGACAUCAUGGGAAAGCAGCUGACGUGGAGUGAGCAGAGGAAGAGGGAGGAGCUAUCUGCAGCCAAACAGUUCCUGUAUUAUGAGAUGGGCUACAAGGCUCGCUCAGAGCAGCUGACCGACACCUCCGAGAUCACCCUCACUCCUGCUGAGGUGGGCAGGUAUAUGAAAAGGUUCCACAAGUUUGACAAAGAAAAUAAGGGCUUCAUCACCACCGUGGAUGUUCAGCGGGUAUUAGAGAGUAUCAAUGUCUAUAUAGAUGCAGACACCCUCCAUGAAAUUCUGAAUGAAGUCGACCUCAAUAAAAAUGGACAAGUGGAAUUUAAUGAAUUCUUGCAGCUGAUGAGUGCUGUGAAGAAGGGCCAGGUGUCGGCCAACCGUCUGGCCAUACUGAUGAAGACGGCUGAACAGAGCCUGGACCAGACAGAGCCCGUUGAGCAGAGGGAACCUGUCGACCAGAGGAAGCCUGUGUCGGUGGACCGUAGCGGGGGAGGAGUGUGAGACUCAGCCCCCCUGGCCCUGGUUCUUCCUCCGGACGAUCCUGGUCACACAACUCUGGGACCGUAUGUAUUGCACCUCAAAGUAUGAGUGCCGAUUUAGGAUCAGUUUUACGUUUUAGAUAAGGUUAUAUGGAUGGCGGGACCUGAUCCUCGAUCAGCACUCCUACGCAGAGAUGCUUGAUGCAUACGGCCCUGCUCCAGCCUGGUUACCACAGAUCUAUGUGCUUUUAACAACCCUUCUGACUUGUAUGUUGCCAUGGUCAUGUCAUGUGAUAUCAUAUCAUAGGUGUCAUGUAUGACAUGACAACGGAAGUCACAAGGGUUGGCUAAAGCUCAUAUGGUAUUGUAUACAGACCUGGACAACCCAAAGGUACUGAAGCUCAUUAUCUUAUGUCUUCCAUGGGAGUUGCUCUGCUGACAUAGGCAUUUUCUAUCACUGCAUCAACACACAUGUAGCCGAUGCCUCGCCUUGAAUCUUACAAACUUGCUUCCAUAUUUAUUGAGAUAUUUAUUGAGAUAUGAAAUGAGUAAUUAUUGGGACACUGUUGUUUAUUUCAAUGUAUUUAUUUCAAUGUAUUUAUUUAUUGUUCGUUUUUACACAUUUCAACAACAACAACACAUUUCUCAAUGUAUGAUGUUACUGUUUGUUUUUAACAUUGCCCAAGAGCAUACAACUGAAUGUUAGAUGCAAUGCAAAGUGAUGUGCAACGUACGUUGACAACUUGAAUUGCACUCAUUGUGGUCUUCUUCAAAAAGGGUUUUGUUGUGUACCGUACUCCUGUGCCAUUUUAUACAUUUUAGAUACUGACAAUCUAAAGGGAGGCAUUUUGUACAAAUAGUGUUUGCUGGAUGUUGUGAGUUUUGACCGCACUUUCAGCAAAGUUCUAUGGUCCACAUUUAAGUAAUGCAAUUUAAUUGUUCUAUUCGAUGCAAGGCUUAAUUGGAAAAUGAUAGCAUUUUUCACUCACUGCCAUUUACAUCUAUAUUUUAUCCCUUUCAAAUGGACUCUAAAUGCUAGAUAUUUAUUAUAUUCAUUUAGUCGAUGUCAAAUGAGAUACAAAUCAACAGUGAGCAUCUUUAAAUAUUCCACAGUAGGUGCAUGUGAUUGGUUCCUGGAAACGUUAUUGUCUUGCAUGAUUUUAUUAUGCUGAAUGGGAUGAAGUGUUGUGUUUGAUGCUGGCUUUUAAUUUCUGGAUCUGUCUGUGCACUUGGUGUUUUUAUGACUAUUAAUUUAUUACUUAUGGUUUGUCUGGUUAGCCACUUGCAUUUAUAGAGUAAUAAGGGAAUGUAUUUAAUGUGCCUUGCUUUCAGAUCCAGUGCGAAUUGAGAGCAUGAAUCAACAGAGCUGAUUAAACCAUACCCUUCCUAGCUUUUAAGCGUGCUUAAUUUCACAGUAACUAUAAACAAACCAAUUAUUUUCUCAUGCACACUGUUAAAGUCAAAAAAAUGUCAUGUGUUUGCCCCUAGUACAACAAUUAGGUAUGAGGGCAGUUUCAAAGAGUUACAUCUCUUAAUUAUCAGUUCUUAAUUAAGGGAGCAUGAGACCAAUUCACUGGAACUCGUGGUUGUUGUUGUUCUUUUCAUUUGUUUUUAAUAAAACUCACAUUAUUAACAAAUUGGUUUUUAGAAUACAUUGAUGGGAAAUGUAAGGGUUAAAUGUAGGGAGUUAUAAUACAUAUUUAUGUCGGGCUUAAUCUACAGAUGGUUUCUCACCAGACAUAGGGGUGUUAUGCAAUCUAACUCCUCAAAAGGACACCAACAGUGAUAUUCUCAAUACAUAGUACGUGGGAGGGCUUAUCCACUCUUCUACUGCCAGCUCCAGCACUAGGAUACUUGAUGUAUGAAUUGAAUUUACUCUUUUAUUUGGAUGGUAGGAUGGUCAAUUGUUGUUCUAAUGCAGUUGGGUGAAGUUUUGUCUUCCUUCUGACAAAAGCAAUGGAAUGUGAAUUUAGUUGCUGCAUGAAGCGACUGCUUUCAGCAAUAAGUAUUAAUAUAGUACCAGUCAAAAGUUUUAGAACACCUACUCAUUCAAGGGUUUUUAUUUAUUUUUACUAUUUUCUACAAUCUUAGAAUAAUAGUGAAGAAUUCAAAACUAGGAAAUAAUACAUAUGGAAUCAUGUAGUAACCAAAAGAAGUGUUAAAAACUUCUUUGGGAUCGGUGUCCCUUCCGCUGGACGGUUGAGCUCACGUAGGCUAAUGCGAUUAGCAUGAGGUUGUAAGUAACAAGAACAUUUCCCAGGACAUAGACAUAUGAUAUUGGCAGAAAGCUUACAUUCUUGUUAAUUUAACUGCACUCUCCAAUUUACAGUAGCUAUUACAGUAGAAGAUUACCAUGCUAUUGUUUGAGUAGAGUGCACAAUUUUGAACAUGAAAAAUUAUUAAUAAACAAAUUAGGCACAUUUCGGCAGUCGUGACACAACAUUUUGAACAGAAAUGCAAUGGUUCAUUGUAUCAGUCUAAAAUGUUGAAAAUUCGCAGCUGGCCAAAAUCUAAAUUGCACCUGGGCUGAAAUAAUUCAUUAUGGCCUUUCUCUUGCAUUUCAAAGAUGAUGAUCCCAAAAAAUAUAAAAUAAUGUUUUUUUUCUUCUUUGUAUUAUCUUUUACCAGAUCUAUUGUGUUAUUCCCCUACAUUCCUUUCACAUUCUAAAAACAUCUAAGUGUUUCCUUUCAAAUGGUACCAAGAAUAUGCAUAUCCGUCAUUUUAGGCGAAUAUUUAAAAAAAAUAGUUUUUUAAACAAACAAGAUGUAUUUUACAUUUGAGAUUAUUUUAAGUAGCCACCUUUUGCCUUGAUGACAACUUUGCACACGCUUGGCAUUCUUUCAACCAGCUUCAUGAGGUAGUCACCUGGAAUGCCUUGCCUCUCAGAUUGCAGCCCAAAUAAAUGCAAAAACAUCUCAAAAUCAACUGUUUAGAGGAGACUGCGUGAAUCAGGCCUUCAUGUUUGAAUUGCUGCAAAGAAACCACUAUUAAUGGACACCAAUCAUUUGGUCUGAUUAGUCCAAAUUUGAGAUCUUGUGUUCCAACCGCCGUGUCUUUGCGAGACGCAGAGUAGCUGAAUGGAUGAUUUCCGCAUGUGUGUUUCCCACCAUGAAGCAAGGAGGAGGUGUGAUGGUGUGGGGGUGCUUCGCUGGUGACACUGUCAUGAUUUAUCUAGAAUUCAAGGCACACUUAACCAGCAGGCUACCAUUCUGCAGCGAUAUGCCAUCCCAUCUGGUUUGUGCUUAGUGUGACUUAGUGGGAUCAUUUGUUUUUCAACAGGACAAUGACCCAACACACCUCCAAGCUGUGUACGGACUAUUUGACCAAGAAGUCAAGUGAUGGGGUGCUCCAUCAAAUGACUUGACCUCCACAAUCACCCGACCUCAACCCAAUUGAGAUGGUUUGGGGUGAGUUGGACCGCAGAGCAAUUGCUCAGCAUAUGUGGGAACUCCUUCAAGACUGAUGGAAAAGCAUUCCAGGUGAGGGAAUACCAAGUGUGCAAAGCUGUCAUCAAGGCAAAGGGUGGCUACUUUAAAGAUUCUCAAAUAUAAAAUAUAUUUUGAUUUGUUUAACACUUUUUUGGUUACUAUGUGAUUCCAUAUGUGUUAUUCCAUAGUUUUGAUGUCUUCACUAUUAUUCUACAAUGUAGAAUAGUAAAAUGAAAGAAAAAGUCUUGAAUGAGUAGGUGUGUCCAAACUUUUGACUGGUACUGUAAAAGAUGCUGGUAAGUUCAUCAGUAUUGAACUCCAACAGUUAUGUCUGUACUUCUUGUAUUUAUUUUUUUGUGAACAUUGUUUUUAUCGAGUCACUUAAUCAGUACAAUGAAUGUGAAAUAUUAAAAUUGUUCAACAAUC